CCAAGACGGUCUCCUUGCCAACGCCUGCUGCUACGCCUGCAGAUUGCCAGUGAUCAAGAUCGUAACCACCACCCACAUCCUCGAGCAAACUCGUAUUCCAUUAUCAUCGGGAGCCUUUUCCUGGAGCCUUGCGCUGCCUUCAUUUCUUUAUUUUAUCUUCGGGUCCAGGAUUCGUCGAGCGUCCAUCGAGGAUCUUUUUCCGCACGCGAGCCUUCGACUUACUAUACUCUAUUUUACUCUCAUUCAUCCCGGCUGGUCCGCCUUCGUUAUUCGCUCUUUGACUAUUUGCCAGAGCCUCGACCACAACACCGCCCACAGCGACGAGCUCACCGACCGCCGCGACGAUGGCCGCAGUCAACAUGCAGAUGAUGUCGACAAACAUGCCCCUCGACUUUCUCCCGAUCCACUCUCAUUCCAGGUCCAAUUCCGUGUCCUCGUCGUCGACUCAUUCUUCCAGUUCUCGUCCUCAGUCUUCUCAAGGUGGCCUAUCACGAAUGCAGGCAGGAAUGCCGCCAUCGACAGAAGACUUGUACCGUGCUACGUAUAAUCUGGGCCAUCCAGGCCUGCCCACUGACCCCUCCCCUCCUAAUCACAAUAUAACUAAUCCUGCCCUAAAAAACCAUCUUCGUCCCAGCCACAUCCGUGCUCGUGCUGCAGCCUCUCCGUACCCUCGUGAUACCGACAGCGUUCACUCCUCGUCGAGCGAAACAGACGAUAUUGCCAUGUUCUUGGGAAAUUCGACAUCAGAGUACCCAACCAUGUACGGCGGCCCAACUCACACCAUGGCUCCUAACCACGAUGCCCUUCACGCCGCUGGCGCUUUCGGUCGCAUGACGCUCAACAAUGAUCAGGCACUGGAGAAACUUGCCGCCAAUGUGAGAGCGGCCACUACCACGAGUGCUUCAGACAGGGCCAAGCAGAUUUUUGUGCAGGCAUGGCUCACUGCGAACUACGCUCCUUACCCCGACGGCAAUGUGCCGCGUCAAGGCCUUUAUUUCUCUUACCGUCGAGUCUGUGACCAGUACGGGAUUCCUCACAUCAACACGGCCACUCUGGGCAAGGCUAUUCGCCUUUGUUUUCCCACAAUCAAAACAAGGCGUCUCGGCGUCAGAGGGAAUAGCAAAUACCAUUAUUGUGGUAUUCGACCCGCGACCUCGGCCGAAGCCGAAUGGCUUCAGGAUUAUAUUCACAAGUCAAACAAUCACGCUGGACAGCCUUCAGUCAAUGCCGCCCGUUUGGCCAACGAACAAGCAGAAACUGCCAACAGAAGUGAAGAGCGCUCUGACGACGACGACGAUGACGAUUCUGAAGGGGUCAAUUCCGCCUUGGGCUCCAAACGCAAUUCGCUCGCUCUUUCCGGCGAUGUCAAGGGGACCGUUUUUCCGCAAGAUAUGAGCGACAAAACACCGACUGCCGCGACUCUUCUCUCGCAGGUGCAAGCGAACCAACGUCCACCUGGUACUUUUCCUCCCCAGGCAUCAAUUCGCCGGCACCCGGGAGCAGACAGUGGGUUGCCUGUCCAGUCCCAAUCACCUCCUUCAGGCAAUUCGGUGCCGUACCUUGCGUCCCAGCCGUCUUCAUCCGUUCGUCAAUUCCCGCACUUCCCUAGCAUCGAGGACGCUGUGGGCGCAAACUCUACAUCCCCACACGGCAUCGCAGCGCGUGAAGUAUGGGGUUGGUUUCAGGACCAUCUCGAUUCGCUCUUGGAAAGUGUCAAGAUGUUCAGGUUCGACUCUUUUGAGAUGCACUUGCGGAGCUUCUGGUCCAACUUGAGUGGUAAUCAUCGGGAGGUUGUUCACGCCCCGGCUAUAGCGGGUCUGAUGGCCAAAGCAGAUGCUAUCGUUUACGAUGAAAUGCUUGAAAUUUUACGACUUCAGAUGUUGUCGCCUAUUCCAUCGACAUCUCUUGCAAAUCUUCGUCAGUUCGCCAACAAGAUGGAAAAGAUUUUGUUGGUUGCACUGGAUAACUAUGGUAACACCUUCGUUGAGCCUAAAGUCGAACUAGGUGCUCGAUUUGGCCACCUUGUUUUGCGAUUCCUUGACAUAUACCAAGUUACUCAAGCGCUAAAUACGGUUCUCACCAAUCAGAAGCAGCUUACGGAGAUGCGUCGUUCUUGGCAGAAAGUCGACUUUGAGUCCGUUCGAAACCAGUCAGCACUAGUCUGUAAUUGUCGCCAUGAAGACCUUGUUCAAUUAUUGGAGGUGGAGUUUGUGGCAUUGAUGGAGAAUCUUACUAAAACUGCGGAACCCGUGAGAGAAGUUAUGUCUUGGGCAGACAAGUGCUGCGAUAGACUGAUGGGUGGUAGCCGGGCUAUGCAUGGUGGUGAGGAGAGGGGGACGAUGAGCUCACGAAGUGUUCUCAUUCGCUGGGGUUAUGUUACGAGCCAAGUUAUGCGAGAUCUGACCAUUCGAAGCGAUCCAGCAUUCGGUGCUUUCCAAAUUCUAAAACUAUUCUUGGAUGAUUGGAUUGCGGUCAACGUUCUUCGGAGCGUUGCACUAUCUACCAACUCCGUUGCGGCUUCCGUGGAGCCUGUUAUGCAACAGCAAUUCUUUUCCUUGUCACCCAUGGCUGGCCAGGAGAACUUCAACUCCAUGGACGUUCGUCCGCAAAGUCUUAUGACACCUACUACGUCAAGCAUGCUCGCGGCCCUUCAGAACGAUACAUUUUCUGCAGGUUCGCUUGACCCGUCGUCUACAACGUUCAACUCUGACGGUUAUGGAUCCUUGUCGUAUAUGGACACUUCCAACACGCAAGAAGACACGAUACCGACUGUCCAUUCGACGGGGCUUCCAUUCUCUGAUUUCUCCAACUCGGGGAAUGCAUUUGAUGUUUCUAGUUUCACGCCCCAGGACAUGGGUAUGCAUUCGUCUGCAACUCCCUCUAGUGAUCCUGAAGCUGAGACCGUUGAGCCCGUCAAAACAGAGGCCCAGGGAGUAUAGACAUUCUGUAUUUCGUUUGUUUUCUAGCUUUGGGCCGUUGUGGAUGUGAUACUCUACUAAUACCAUACCAUUCUUGCUUAUGCUUGCACAACUGACUUUCUUUUACCCGUCGACGUACUUGUAUUAUCUUUUUUUUCUUCUGAUGUCGUUCCUACUUGUCGAACCACGCUCCUUAAUCACCUUGUAAAGGAUUCUCGGAUUUGUUAUCGAUAUAUAUCAUAUAUAAAGCUAUCCGGCUGUAUUCCUUGCUCAAUUUAUUUCAUCUAUACAGCAUAGAAGAUUUCAAUGAGAUAGGUUUGAUUA